CCCCUCGCGGAGCACUGUGGGAGCCGCUUCCCUGGAUCCGCGCGUGGCAACGCCGCGGCCGCCGCUCUCCGCGGAGUUACCCAAAGGCCGCUGCCGCCCCGCCGCCCUCGCCGUCGCCCUGGUCCUCUCGCCGCGAGGUGCAUGAUGCAGAAUGUACACCUGGCGCCCGACACAGACGAGGAUGACCUUUACUCCGGUUACAAUGACCACAACCCAACCUAUGACACCGAGGAGUUGGAGAAUGACACAGCUUUUCAGCAAGCCGUGAGAACUAGCCAUGGCAGGAGACCUCCAAUAACCGCUAAAAUACCGAGCACAGCAGUUGCUAGACCCGUAGCUACUGGAUGUGGGUCCAAGACCUCCCUGGCGUCGUCAAUGGGAAGACCCGGGACAGGGGCUCUCCAGGACGGAGUGACCAGACCCAUGACGGCCGUGCGAGCAGCCGGAUUUACCAAGGCGGCGUUGAGAGGCUCUGCACUCGACCCCCUCGGUCAGGCCCGUGGCCCCGCGCCGCCCCUGGAGGCCAGGAGCGAGGACAGUCCGGAAGAAAAGAUUCGACAAUUAGAGAAGAAAGUAAACGAGCUGGUGGAGGAAAGCUGUGUCGCCAGCAGCUGUGGAGACUUAAAACUGGCCUUGGAAAAGGCAAAAGACGCGGGAAGAAAAGAGCGAGUGCUGGUGAGACAACGAGAACAAGUUGCAAGUCCAGAAAACAUCAACUUGGACUUAACUUACUCAGUUCUCUUCACCUUGGCCAGUCAGUAUUCAGCGAAUGAAAUGUAUGCCGAAGCGUUAAACACGUAUCAAGUUAUCGUGAAGAACAAGAUGUUUAGCAAUGCAGGACGGUUGAAAGUGAAUAUGGGAAAUAUUUAUUUAAAGCAAAGAAAUUAUUCCAAAGCCAUUAAAUUCUACCGAAUGGCCUUAGAUCAGAUCCCAAGCGUCCAUAAAGAAAUGAGGAUUAAAAUUAUGCAGAACAUUGGAGUUACGUUUAUUAAAACGGGGCAGUAUUCAGACGCUGUUAACUCAUUUGAGCAUAUAAUGAGUACGGCACCAAAUCUGAAGGCAGGCUUCAACCUCAUCCUUAGUUACUUUGCCCUUGGAGAUCGAGAGAAAAUGAAGAAAGCAUUCCAAAAACUGAUUGCUGUUGCAUUAGAAAUUGAUGAAGAUGAUAAAUAUGUGUCACCAAGCGAUGACCCACAUACUAACUUAGUGAUUGAAGCUAUAAAAAAUGAUCAUUUAAGGCAAAUGGAACGUGAAAGGAAAGCCAUGGCGGAAAAAUACAUCAUGACUGCUGCAAAACUCAUCGCUCCUGUAAUUGAGACGUCGUUUGCUGUGGGUUAUGAUUGGUGUGUCGAAGUUGUGAAAGCCUCUCCGUAUGUAGAGCUGGCGAACGACUUGGAAAUAAACAAAGCAGUCACAUAUUUGAAGCAAAAGGACUUCCACCAGGCGGCGGAGACCUUAAAAAUGUUCGAGAAGAAGGACAGCCGGGUGAAGAGCGCGGCGGCGACCAACCUCUCGUUCCUGUACUACCUGGAAAAUGAAUUUGCACAAGCCAGUAGCUAUGCAGAUUUGGCCGUUAACUCCGACAGAUACAAUCCGUCAGCUCUUACUAAUAAAGGGAAUACAGUUUUUGCAAAUGGUGAUUAUGAGAAGGCAGCUGAAUUCUACAAAGAGGCUCUAAGAAAUGAUUCUUCUUGUACUGAAGCACUUUAUAAUAUUGGCCUUACCUAUAAGAAGCUAAACCGGCUUGAUGAAGCCCUGGACUGUUUCCUGAAACUGCACGCAAUCCUGAGAAACAGCGCCCACGUCCUUUACCAGAUAGCAAACAUAUACGAGUUGAUGGAGGACCCCGGUCAAGCGGUGGAGUGGUUGAUGCAGCUGAUCACUGUUGUUCCAACUGACUCCAGGGUGCUGUCUGAGCUGGGAGGCUUAUACGACAGCGAGGGGGACAAGUCCCAGGCCUUCCAGUAUUAUUACGAGUCCUACAGGUACUUCCCGUCCAGCAUCGAUGUCAUCGAGUGGCUCGGCGCCUACUACGUCGACACCCAGUUUUGCGAGAAAGCCAUUCAGUACUUUGAAAGAGCUUCUCUUAUACAACCUACACAAGUGAAAUGGCAGCUGAUGGUAGCUAGUUGUUUUAGAAGAAGUGGUAACUACCAAAAAGCAUUAGAUACUUACAAAGAUAUUCACAGAAAGUUUCCGGAAAAUGCCGAAUGUCUACGCUUCUUGGUCCGUCUCUGCACCGAUAUUGGCCUGAAAGAAGUUCAAGAAUAUGCAGCAAAACUCAAGAGACUGGAAAAAAUGAAAGAAAUACGGGAACAGCGCGUCAGGUCUGGCAGGGAUGGCAGCCGAAGGGACGGGAGCGCUGGCAGUGACAGCGGCCAGAACUGUAGCAAGAGCGAGCGGCUCCGCGCCCAGCUCCGCGCUCUGCCCGGGACGGACGCGCCUUACGAGAGCAGCUGCAGCAGGGAGCCAGAUGCCUCCUAUGCGGAUCCUCUGGGCCCGCAGGCGGAGAGACCAAAAACGGCAGCCAAGAAGAGGCUCGACGAGGAUGACUUUGCGGAUGAGGAGUUAGGGGACGAUUUGCUUCCAGAGUGACGGACAUUUUACCCUGUAACUCACGGAAGGAGAGACGGCGCCCUGCGGGACAGCCCUCACGCUCAGCUUUGGCGUGCACGUCCAGACUGUCAUUUUGCACCCUGCCCAAGCUUUAAACAAGUGUGUUCUGUUCCGUGAGUACGGGUUUGUGUUUUGCUUUGGUUGGAAUGGAAUUAAACACAUGUGAAACUAA